UACAAAUUAGCACCGCGACACCUUAUUGGUGGUACGGUCAGACGGAGCGUGUCCAUGCCGGUUCGUUGCCCUAACAGUCGAACAUUGUUGUUGCCCUUUGCCUCGUAGUCACUCUGCCAUUCCGCGGCGUCUAAGAAGAGCGCAAUAUCACACGCUUGUUAUCCGCAGGCUCCAGUCUAGUGACGCUCCUCGCUGUUGGUACCGAUGACGCUGCGCUCGACGGUGUUCGAUCCGAGCGGCAGCCGCGUUGCGAGUCUCGGGGACUCCCGACUCAACGUGCAGGUCCCAAUCAACGAGGAUGCCGAGACGGAGACGCAGGUGCGUCCUGAGCUCGUCAAAUGUCCCGAACUGCUGCUCACAGGGCUGGAGCUGGAGAAGCGCACGACGCUGCGUAUCCUGCACAAGAAGGGCCGACGCUUCGAGUCUCCUUGGGAGCCCUUCUUCGUCGGUGUCUACGCGCACACGCUCUUCUACUAUGCCAAUCUCGGCGAUUGGCCGCGCGGCGUCGUACCGCUGGUGGACGCAGAGGUAAAGGCUGUGGAUCGCAUUUUCCGUCAUGGAGACGCGUCCUGCGAAGGCGAUGAUUGCGGCCCGUGCUGGAAAGUCACGUCUAGCAGUGGUCGUGUGCUUCUCUUCCGCGCUCCAUCGCAUGACGCGCGUGUGGAAUGGAUUGACCAGCUGCGGCAAGCCACGGGAACAUUCAGGAAAGUCAGUAUGGACGGUAAGGCCGCGUUGGCGCUGGCACGAAGACUGUCGAGGUCAUCAAGCUCGGCAUCAUCGACGUCCGCUUCGUCUACGGCGAUUCUGCAGUCUCCGAGACAUCGGAGGAGGAAACGCAUGUCUGAAGACGAAUCAGAACAGGGGGAGAUGCUGCGAGAUGCGCUGCGUAUGGUGGAGAAGCAAAGAAAAGAGAUCGUGGGACUUCAGGAGCGUCUGAAGAUGAUUGAGGUGACAGAUAAAAAGAAGCGAGGUGGAGAGAGUGAACAGAGGGAGCGGAAGGAGGAAGACAGAAGAGAAGAUGAGCAGGUUGAAGAAGAUGAUGAAGAGAUUGAUCUGGAUACGAUGCUGAAUGGAGCAGCUAUCGAGAUGUGUAAGGUUUCUCGAGAAUCGGCCAUUUCUGAUGUGCUUUCAGAAGAUGAGGACACGCCAAGCUCGGAGUGUGAUGACAACGACGACGAUGAGAAAGAGAGUGCUUCAAUACAAAGUACGAAGCGAGAAGAACGAAGGGAGAACAUUCAAAGUCUGAGCCUAGUGGAUGAGUCGAUGGAGACGAUCUCAAAUCACGAGGAUGAUCUGGAUACUCAAGAGGGCGUGGAUAUUGAGACGGAGAACUUUAGUCCUUGCAAGGCGCCGUCAUCUUCGAAGCAAGAGCCUGUCGCAGGAUGGCCGAAACAGCAACCAUCGUCGACCUCUCCGAAGAAGGAAUCAACAUUAGGGUCAAAAUCUUCCAACCGAGACAAUAUGCCGGUGGCAGAACAUACUAACGAGCAUUCUGUGCGUUCGGAGUCUCCUUCAUCUUCAUCAAGCACAACAUCGACGAAGUGCUGUGAUGGAGCUGAGAAUGACACGAUUCAACAGCAAGCAGCAGAAUUGGCGGAGAUGGCUCGAAACUUGCACAAGGAUGACACCGAUUCAGCAUCGACUCGUGAAAGCAGUGAGGAUGGCUCUGUUUCCUCCAGUUUCAAGGGAUCACACAGCGGUACUGGCGUCUUUGAUUCGAGUGCGAACACUGGAAAUGACUUUUUACAGCAACAAGCGAUGGAACUCGCCGAGAUUGCUCGCAAUCUGCAGUCUUCAUUCCGAGUAGAACCCAAGACGUCAAAGAUUCAUUUGAAAACCUCCUCCAGUUCGUCAUCGCUCCUCGAAUCGCAGUCUUCCUUUUCCGACGUCACGGACUUUGGUCUGAAUCAGAUCAACUCGAACGAAAGCAAUGAGAGUAUUUUCUCCAUCACACAGGAUGAUCUUUUCUACGAUGAAGAUGAGGAAGGAGAAAUUGAGCGUCUAUCCGAGUUUGAGGCGUCGGACAGUCAGUUUCUGGAGGCGAGUGGCUUCCUGGAUUCGAUCCACCAAGUCAUGAAGGAUUUCAUUGUGUCCGCUCAGCCGGAUCAAUCCCGCCAGCCCGACCAGUUAGUUAUCAGCGAUGAAAUUAUUGCCGAGAUUCGCCAAGGAAUUGACGCUGAACCAUCAAAGGAAGUGGAUGAUCUUGAUGAAGCUCAUGGGCAGCGUGCUUUACGAACAGACUCACCUGCUGCGGAUUCGUCCAACGAUACAAGCCCGAGGAUACGCAGUCUCUUCUCCCACGCUAGAACAGCACGCGACUUUUUUAAUGGAGAUAUUGAGAUGCCGACACUACGGGCACCAAAGGAUCUCCCGUCACUGGUGGUGGAAGAUACGAUGUCAGUUGUGGCAUCAAUCCUACAAAGUGCAGGCCGAGAAGAUAAAAUGGUGCUACUUGCUCCCUUCCUUCGGGUGUUUGGGAGUCGCAACCGUCUGAGUCACCUUAUUCGCUGGGCAAUCGAGAUUGAAGUCGCUUCGGUCAUUAACGUCGCAACGCUCUUCCGCUCAGAUGAUUAUGCGAGCCGAUUAGUUUCCACAUACAGCAAGGCAAUCGGGUCAAAAUUCAUCCGCGUGGCUCUCUCGGAUCCUAUCCGUCAGAUAUUUAAGUUGAAGAUUGCUGACAUGGAGCUCAACCCGCACAAGGAGGAGUCACUGCAGGAUGAGAAUCAAGUAGACACCAACGCUGCUAACCUGAUGCGGACGUGUCAAAACAUUAUCGACUCGAUCAUGAAAAAUACGCACUGUAUACCAUCGUCUUAUUUCCACAUUUGCUCGCACUUAAACUCGAAAGUCAUCAGCCGUUUUGAUGGCACAAAAGAAGGAGUUGAGGCAGAGGACGCAUCGACGUUGACUCGGGUACGUGCCAUCGCCAGAUGAUGUCUUUGUUCGUUGGCUUUAACUUUUGCUUGCUUUUCCGUGGAUAGUCUGUUAUUGGAGGUUUCCUGUUCCUUCGUUUUGUAUGUCCGGCCAUCACUACUCCACAUUUGUACGGCCUUACGAAGCAACUUCCACCACCCGAGACCCGACGAGUACUUGUAUUGGUCACGAAGCUCUUGUUCAAGACUGCAACUGGUGUGAAGUUUGGAGAUCGAGAACCUCAAUUCAAGUAAGUGGAUCGUUUGGUAUGAUAUUUCUGCACUUACUAAUCUGUGUUUAUUAAUACUUGUAGGGUUCUUAAUCCUUUCAUUGAGAAGAAUUCGCCAGCAAUUCAGCAGCUUUUUGCUAAUCUAGCCAUGUCACCAAGCCAAGAUAUUGACGAGUGCUUCGCUGCGGACAGCCGCAAGAUCUACUCUAAUGUGUCCUCGUCACAGUUGGUCGAGGAUCUAGAAACCAUUCGCUCUAUCUCGGAAAAGAACUUGGAAGAGAUCGGGAAGAAAUUGGAGGAAUGUGACUGCUCAUCUGAGGUGGCCGAGAAUUUCAAGUCGGCUGUGUUGUACACCACUGACUCCUUCCAGAAGAGCUCACUGACGAAGAAGCUGAGUGCCAACAUGAAAUUUCUCGGCUUUGGCAAGAAGCCCAGAUCCAGGAAACAGUCUGACCAGUGAUCAAGGCAUGGCUGACAGCGUGACGGUAUUGCGAUUUUGCCGGCGCUACUGAGCUUUGUGACCAUAUGUAGCUCUUCACAGCGUCAGGAUUCUGUAUGUAUUACUUCAGCGAAGUACGAUGUAUGUGUCGUGUAGCGUAUUCAUCACCAAAGGUGGCAAACAAUCAAUACAAAUGCUUAACUACAACCGGAA